AUGUCGGUGAAGAAUCUUGCUUCACCCGGUCCCGACAGAAUCAAGUCUGAACAUCUGAAGUACCUACCGCCAGUCCUCAUCACACUAGAGAGGCUCCUCACUCGUUAUCUGACGGAAUGCAAGGUUCCUAAACAGUGGAAGACCAGCAAGACCGUGUUGUGGUAUAAAAAGGGUGAUCCACAUGAAAUCGGCAGCUAUCGUCCAAUCUGCUUGUUGCUUCUACGAGCAGAUUGGACGAUACAAUCUACAAGCUCUUCACAAGAGUAA